GUGGGUGACGAGGAGUGGGGGAUGAGGAGUCGGGGAUGAGGAGUGGUGGAUGCUGUGCGUGGGAUCUCGCGCGCGGCACACACGCGGUGACUGAAAUCCAGCAGCGCUGCUAAUUCUUCCCAUCGCCAGAAUCAUCACAACCCACACCACCGUAAUCACAACCACCAUCACCAUCGUCGUCACCGCCACCAAUCAUCUACCAUCGUCACUGCCGCACGUCAACAACAUCAUCACACCAUCAGCAGCACCAUCAUCACACCUCCGCCACCAUCUGCUGCCUCUAGCCCUCCGCCGCCCGGCGCGCCGCGCUGAUGCGGCCCGGGCGCGUGCACGGGGGUGCGAAUCCAUCUGUGCAGUGAGCGCAGCAAGCGGCGGGGGGGGGGGGAAUCGACGUUGCCUUCACCGCUGCGCAGGCGCACAGCGGGACCCGGCGCGGGCCUCCCUCCCCGCCGGCGCGGUUUAUUUUGGGUCGGUGAGGGCAGUCGAUCGCCUCGCUCCGCCGCCGACCGUCCCUUUCCCGGAAUAAAUUGGCAACAAGUGCGCACUUGCUUUUCCUGUGCUCCGUGCACUCGUCCACUCUCCCGGUGGCUCGCUUGUGCGCUCCGAUCCAACAAGCAGCAUCAGCAGCAUCACCAUCAGGAGCGGCGGCGGCGCGUGUUCACAGUCCGGGAUCUUAACGCGGAACUCGAAUCCAUCUCCACGAGGCACGCGUCCUGCAGGAGUCUCCGUGCUGGGUCGUGUGCCUCGUCCUCUCGUGGCUCUUCUCGUCGUCUCGCUGCACAAUCGGGUCCUAGAGGGGGCCCCCCUCAAUACUCCUGACCGCGCAGGGCCCCCCCCCCCCACUCACCCAUACCCCCCCCCCCACAACCAGAGGAGCGUUGUGCGCCCCGCGGGUCUUAGCGCGUCGCAUGCAUGAGCGGAGGACGCUUCGAUUUUGACGAUGGCGGGGCGUUCUGUGGUGGCUGGGAGAGCGGCAAAGCUCACGGCCACGGCGUGUGCACGGGGCCGCAGGGCCAGGGCCGCUACGCCGGCUCGUGGAGCCACGGCUUCGAGGUGGCCGGCGUGUACACGUGGCCCAGCGGCAACACGUACGCGGGCCACUGGGCCGAUGGCAAGCGCCACGGCCUCGGCGUGGAGAGCAAGGGCCGCUGGAUUUACCGCGGCGAGUGGACGCACGGAGUAAAGGGCCGUUACGGCGUGCGCAUGAGCCAGAGCAGCGUGGCCCGCUACGAAGGCAUCUGGAGUAACGGCCUACAGGACGGAUAUGGCAUCGAGACGUACACGGAUGGAGGCACCUACCAGGGCCAGUGGGCGGGCGGCAUGCGGCACGGCUAUGGCGUGCGCAACAGUGUGCCGUAUGGGCUGGCCUCGGUGGUGCGUUCCCCGCUGCGCACUUCGCUCUCCUCCCUGCGCAGUGAGCAGACGAACGGCUCCGUCGUGGGCCCGGUCGGCGGGGGAGCUGGCGGCUCUCUGCGCAGCGGGGAUGAUGCCGGCUCGGCCGUGGGCUCACGGGGUGGCUUCGUGCUCACUGGCGUCCACCACAGCGAUAGCGAGCAGCAGGGGGGCAAGGCCGGUGGCAAGCGUGGUGGCGGAGGCCUCUUCCGACGCGGCUCGCUGCUUGGCAGCCUCAAGUUCCGCCGGAGCGACUCGAAGGCCUCACUGUCGAGCGAGCGGAGCAAGCGCAGCUCAUUCCGCAGCGAGGCCGGGAUGAGCGCCAUCAGCUCGGCUGCCAGCGACGGCACGUCGCUUGCCGUGAGCCUCGGCGAGCCUGAGACGGAGCUCUUCGACUCGGAGGUGGAGGCCAACACCACGGAGACAUACACGGGCGAGUGGAAAGGCGACAAGCGCAGCGGCUUCGGCGUGAGCCAGAGGUCAGACGGCCUGCGCUACGAGGGCGAGUGGCUCGCCAACCGCCGCAAUGGCUACGGCCGCACCAGCUACCCGGACGGCCGCUCCGAGGAGGGCAAGUACCGGCAGGGCACGUUGACACGGGGCAAGCGGCGCAGCCUCGUGCCGCUCAGGGCCAGCAAGACGCGGGCCAAGGUGGAGCGUGCCGUCGAGGCGGCGCAGCGGGGCGCCGCCGUCGCCAAACAGAAGGCCGAGAUUGCCAUCUCCAGGGCCGCGCACGCACGCGUGAAGGCGGAGGCCGCGGACAUGGCAUCGCAGACAGCCCAUGAGGCCUCCAGCAUCGCCCUGGAGCUCGCUGCCGAGCUCUCUCCAGGCUUCCUGUCCCAGGGGCGCAAGGGGGAUGAGGACGAGGACGAGGACGAGUACGAGCUAGAAGACGACGACGCUCCGGUGGAGAGGCCACCCAGCACCGAGCUCUACCGCAAGGGCACGACGCCGCCUCCCAAUCAGAGCCCUGCGGGCAGCCUCGGCCCCACGCCGCCCCCGAGCCCGCGCUCGCGCUCUGCGCAUGCCAACCCGCCCGCCAUCACGGCGGCCGCCAGGGGCGCCGGCCGUGGCGUGCUCAAGCCUGAGCCGGAGCGGCCUGGUGCGAGAAGGGCGGUGAACGCCGACGGACCCGGUGUGCCCAACGGGAAGCAGGGAGCGCGCGGGAGGACGACUGAUGCCGUGCCGCCGAAAGGCUUAGCAGGCCAGAGUGACGGCGGCGGCGGUGGUGGCAGCCGUCGGGAGCCACGCACGCGCUACCAGAUUGAGAUGAAGCCCCUCCGUCGGAGGGACGGCCUGCAGCACCGAGCCUCGGAGCGGCGCCAGAAGGAGGAGGUGGUCUCGGGCUACCACGGCUAUGCCAUCUGCCACUCGCCCACCGCGCAGACAGACAUCCGGCGGCAGAACCAGGUUGGCGACAACGGCCACCACGACGGCAAGGCGGCGCCCGUGGGGAGCAACCCCGGCUCUGACAAGGGCUCCAACCCAGGCCCCACGCAGCAGCAGAGUAACGCCAGGACGGCGCCCAACCCCAACUGGAAGGGCGGUGGAGAGGUUGACGUGGUGGAAACCGUGGAGGUGGUGGAGUUCGUGGAUGAGGGCAUGAGCUCCAGCUCAGUGCUGGUUGCCAUGGUGAUGCUGCUGGUCCUGGGCUUUGCCGUUCUCUUCGUGCACAUCCUCACCUGACGCCCGCCACCCUGUGCAGCAGCGUCGCCUGCAAGACUGCCGACCGAAACCGCAGCUACGUUUGAGCCACCAUGGAUGGUUUUGCCACACCGCCACCGCCACCGCCGCUGCCACGGCCACCACCAUCCUCCCCAGUCCCUCCUCUCUCCCCCCCAUUAACGGCCGGUAGCCGCCACCUUGGUACUCGCAACAACAACAACCGCCGCCGUUACCCCUGGCCCCAGCGUCCUGCACGCCGCCCGCCAGCGAGCGGCUCAAGGAGGCUGGGUGAGGUGCGACCGCCCUCCACGGUGGUAGUGGUGGCGAAUUGCCACAGCGAGGUGGCCGUGGCAAGCGGGCCCCGUCGCAGGCACGUGGCGAUGGUCGGGAGGGGGGAAGGUCACCGAGGAGCGAUCAGAGAUUCACCGCCCAUUUGUGACUGACCAUGCGGUUUCUGGUACCGACCAACGUAGAGGCAUGAUUGCUGCAGGCGCGAUCGCACGGUACGGUCGUGCGAGACGCCUGUUUGGCUGGUGUGAGCGAGUGAGCGUGCGAUUCCCAAGAUGUGUUGUUGGCCGAACGACGGCACGCUCGCGAUGUGUCGCACCGCGGAGGGGCAGAGUGAGGAGUGAUUUGGGGCAGGGAAGGGCACAAGAAGUGCAGAAGAGCUGACGGUGCAGGCCCUGUUGGACGUUUAUGAAGCCAUGAAACCCGUCCCGUGUGAGCGAGCGGCAGCAAUAGUGCAUGUUCUGUACCAGCAGCUGUGGGAGGACCUCACGGUGGGAGGGACCGGUGCAUGCAUUUCUGAUCAAAAUUUUUAAAAAGAGAAAAAAAUAUAUAUAGAUUUGUUGAAAAAUGUGAAUGCUUGGAGCCGAUUUAUUUUUGUUUAGUACUUGCAACAUGGCCGGUAACCGCUAGUUGUUUGCUGCAUGUUGCAUUCGUGGGUCGCUUGCACCAGCAAAACAUAUUGUUUUGCUUGACUAUCGCAUUACUUUUUUGGAAAAAAAUUAAUACGUUUUUGUUUCCCGCCGCUUAAUCAAACCCAAUGUUGCUAUUGAUUUCCCCCAUCUUUUCUUAAACAAAUGUACACUUUAUCCCAUGAAAGAUAACCAAUGUGGAUUCCCAAAAAAAAAUAUAAGCAUUUUCUGUCAUUUGCUUUAUUAUUAUAUAUAUUAUUUCCUUUGUCGGUAUUUGCGACAUCUUUGCGCUCUCUCACCGCCUCCUCUCCAUCGUGGGGCCGACGGCGUUGCAACACCGCGGCCCGAGUUUGUGGAGGAUAUGAGACGCCCUUGAGCUUUAUGCCUGGAACUUCCCUCAACGUGGGUCAAGUUCAGCUUUGGAUUAAACCUUAACGAUUGUGAGAUGAAUUCUGGUUGCCUCUUCUCCUGCAUUUUUCAAUUCUCCCUCCUCCUCUUUCACCCUCAUCUUGCUCCUGCUCCUCCGAGCAAUCGGGCUGUCCAGCCUCGAUGUGCCGGCCCCUGCCAUACGUACAGCAGCAGCAGGAUAAUCUGACUGUCUCUGCUGCAGCAGAGGUAGAGGGCAACUGUUCUUGGUCCCGUGGUGGCAGUGGCAACAGCGGUUUCCAUUGUGCCGCUUCUCGGGGUUGGUGGGCACCCUGGGGAUCGCUGUGAGGUUGGGACUGUGCAGAGAUGGUCGGUUCUAGAGGUCAGGCCUGUUUGGCCACCUAGCCCCCGUGAAUGUAGCUCAAAGCUCAGAGCCCAGGGUAAGGCGAGCGAGCGUUUGGAGACGGCACGACGGUGAAUGUGAACGCGCCAGGCGGCCGCAGCCGACGCCAUAGCCACAGCGGUCCCCGGUGAGGUCAAGGGGUCGUGCCACCCCACGGCGUUUGUGCCACGGCGAGGGGUGGCGGUGUGGGGUGCAGCGAGGCGGUUGCUGCCGCCGGGUUGAUGUGCGCAGCUCGUGACCGGGGCAGCGAUGUUUUGCACGAGCGAGAUUGAGAAACAAAGAAUUCAAGGGCUUUGUAUUUCAGCUCUUUCUCUGUAGAAACGCGAAGUCGUGGAAAGUAAAGGUUUUAACGUCUUACAAGAGAGUACUUCCGAACAAGUUUUUAAAAACACAUUUUUGUAAGAUAAUGUGCGUUGUGAAUUUGCUUGCCUAUAACAUAGAGCUCGUUAAACAGUGACGUUUUUUGCCUUUUCAGUGACGAUAAACGCUAAGACCAAGGCGAUCUGGUUGAAUCAAGGGCUAAGAAGGAAUAUCACGAGCGUUUUGUAGAUUUAGAGUUCGUUGUAUCAGCAGCUUCUCGAUGCUAACUAACUGAGAUCCUGCGGAACAGAUACAGCUUCGUGACACUCUGCCAUGAAAUGCGGUUUCUGUAAAUACCUUUUUAAAAACAAAACUCCUAUCUACUUUUGCAACUCGUCUCCACUGUGUUGCCUGAGGCUACUUUUCAUACAAGUUAUAAUUCCUAUUAGCCAGGACACUUCCUCGGAAGAAAUGCCACUCUCCUGCAUCACAUUUCUUGUCCGCACGUAGCUCUUAUGCAGGCCUUUUUGGCCACGUUUAAAUUCUUUCUCUCCGAGUUGAGCGACGUUUGCUGGGACUGUUUCAUUAUCGCGGAUGACCCAAACCCUCACCCUUACCCUCUUCCUUGCCACGCAGUUUUCUGUGAAUAUUUUAUGUUACUCUCCCGUUUUUUGGGGCCUGGAAUGUAGGAUACUCCGUUUAUUAUUUUGGUUUUAACGUGAGUUCCGCGCUCCGUUCCCGGUGCCUGCCUGCACACACGGUCACUCUCAGAAACAGAACUGGCCUGGAGAUGCUGGGCAGGGCCUUUCCUUGUUGGCUUUGAUCUAACGCAGAGAGUGGCCAGUGCUCCUUGGCGUGCCUGGUUGGUGUACUUUACUCUGCAAGAUAUUUACAUGGGCGAGCUUCACUUGCAGCUGUGGGCUCGUGUCUCCCAGAUGUUUUUUUGGAUAUUCAGCCUGCAUAGUCAUCAUCAGUGUGGAUUUGUGCACAGCUGUAUCUCUGGAUUAGAUUUGGCACAAGUUGUCUGGGUGGGCCUUCUUUGGGACUUGUGUAAAGUGGCCGUACGGGGUGUCGUGUAACCCAAGGGGCUCAGACAGUUAUUGUCCUGAAAAUAAUUUUUUGGAAGAGGAUUUUGAAAGCGUUUCUCAUUGAGCCCUGCCUCUUGAGUGCGCUUCACGUUUAGCGAGUAGGGCACUGCAGCUGGGUUUUGAAUCGAAUCUAUUUGAAUGUUAAUAAAUAGAUUGUUUCAGCAGUGAAUAUGUAGUGUCCGUUAUACCACAUAGAAGUGGCAAAUUAAAGGAAUCGUUGGUUGCUUGGGAAAUUAUUGAGCUUUGCAACAAACAAAAACUGAAAGAUCAAGAUAAAAAAGCGAUCUUGUAUUGGCAGUUGGCAGUGAAAACAUUGAAUCAUUCUUUUUAGACAGAUUUUAUUUUGGUAAUGCAGCUGCCAAAUAAACGCAACCAGAGAAACGCAGAUCGUUAGGUCAUGCACAUCGCGCAUUUACAUUCGUAAAUAGAUUUCAAAAAGUCGCAGUGAAAAUCUACACCAGCCGUGAACAGAACCAAAAGCCUUUAUACCCCCUUGAGUCAAAGGAAACAUACAGAGAGAGCGCAAUCGAGGAAGUGACUCCAAGGGAGUUCACCUGACCAGUGGCGCAAACAGAUUAUACAAUUUUGGGCAUGGAAAAUAAGAGUAGAAGUGAAAAAAGGCCAUUGCCCGGGACGUCGCUCACGAUUUUGUUUACCUUUCAGGGCCACAGUGCUAUUGACGAAUGCGUGGAGUUUUUGAUAUUUGUCUUUUAUGCACCACUGCCAGCGUGGCAGCGUCACACACAAAAAGAGUAGGUUUUCUGAGCUCAGCUUUUAUAUCAGAUGAAUACCUAAUAACAUUGAAUGCAACUCAAAUAACACUGACACUGAGAACUAUGAAUUAUUUAUUUACAAAUUAACAUUUAAGGAAAAUCUCAAACGUGCUCUGUGAAGUUCUGCGGUCGUCUGAACAUGACAACCCCAAUGGACAGACGAAGAGGUCCGAGAGACGUAAAAGCCACAGCACCGGCACAUAUCCACGUCGGGUAUUUUUAUGAGAGCAGGCACAGGUAUCGGAUUGCGGUGUUUGAUUUUUCUCGGUAUGGAAGCAGACACCUUUAUUGCUUUAAUGCGAUCGGAUGCGGCGGCGUCACUCGUGGCGGGCUCGGCGGCGGACGCUGCGAUUGAAUCCUCGCCUCAGUGUGAACACUCUCUCAUCAUCAUCUCACGUUGUUUCGUUGUUGCAACGCGCUGACGUUUCAACAAAAAAAUGACAGUCGCGAUACUUGAAAGUUGAGCCGAGGGUUUUGUAAAAAAAAAGCCACUUUGUGCCAAACCUUCGGCUCUUGUGAACUAGAGGGUUUAGUUAGACGGCCCUUUUAUUUAAAAUGAGCCAGGCCAGGUCUGAUGGGUGUCUUUGUCAGGCAUGGCAAGUUGGGUUUUCUUAAUUUAUCUGGUGUUUUUUUUCCACUCUGUUCUCCUAGAACUUCAUUGGCCAUGUCUGGCCUGGGCAACCCAAAAUAAUCCUGGGUGGAGAGAUUUGUGGUUCGUGCUUUGCCUCAGAGCAGCCGAGCUCACUUGCAAGGAGGUCCUCAGAGGUCAGGGCAAGGCCCCGAGUCAUGCAGACAUCGGCAGGCCAGCACUUCAGAGUCAUCACCACGUCCAUCGCCACCACUAACACCACAGCCACCAACGCCACGAAAAUUGCAACCGCCAACCCACUACCACCACCACGAAAACAAUCACCAAAAACACCAAAGGCAAAGAUCCCCCGUAUCGCCCUAACAGCAACUAAGAAGGCUGGUGGCUAGCACUAUGUCCGGCCGCCUUUGUCUCCCUAGUUGCGAUGUUUACACACCGCACCAGUACUCGUUUGAGGCUGAGUCGACCAAGGGAGGCCCUGGAUCAGUCACUGGUGUUGACCGUGAGCAGGAAUCGAACCCGGGUCGCUGGGUUCAUAGCACGGCACACUGACCGCUACACUACCGCUCUCCGUAAACACCACCAACACUAUCACUAACACCACCAAAACACCACCUCCAAACCAUAACAACCACCACUAGCAUCACAACAACCAACAACACCAAUAAAACCAUCACCACUAACACGACAAUAACCAACACCACCACCACAAACUCUUCCUCCAUUAACUCAAUGAACACCACCAUUACCACUCACACCACUGAUACCACAAAAACUUAACACCAGCAAAAACGCCACCACCACUACCAACUCCACCUUCAACACAACCGCAGCACCAGAAGGAAUGCUCCUACACGGGUAGCCUUUGCCCGCUGGGCAGCUGCUCAUUGCAGUGCGACAAUGGAGAGUCGGGUGGAGUUUGGUGGGGUUCGGGUGGACAUCUGGGUGUGUUGUUGGGUGUGGAAGCACUUCCUCUGGUGGCGGUGGUGAGCCAGUCGUGCGGUCCCCUGCAGAAGACACCAAAUGGAAACGCAAGAGACAGAUUUUGCUGAAACUAGUGACGGUGCGAUGUGGUUUGUAAGGGUGGGGGGGGAGAGAUUUCCUUUCUUUGGUUAAUUAUUAAUUUUGUUGUUGAUAUAUUGUUAAUUAAAUGAACAUGAUAAUAUAUUCACUAAUAUAUGUUGAGAGACAAUCUGGAGCACAGAGAUCGCGACUCAAAGGCGGCAGAGCGUUGUACGGUUUAUGAAAGCCCGUGUUCAAGAGACUAGAGCGAGAUGGAGUUGUGGAAUGGAAUGCUGCUAAGUGUGCUUUAUCUAAACUGCCAUCACGAGUCCAGAUUUCCCGUACGUGACACGCGCGCAGCGGGUCCGUCGGUCGGUCGACCAGCGGACCGAGGGCCGACAGCGCACGGAGUCGCUCGAUGGGUGGAUUUUUCGAAGGAUUUUUCUCACCGACGUCACGGCGUUAUUCGAUGUUUUCACAAAAUCGUUCGAUUCGAGCAAACGAAGCGGUGACUGUGAAAUGAGGAAUACUGGAGGUUGUAUGCGGGGGAGGUGGAGGGCGCGAGUGGGUCGAAUGGGGCCCUCCUACUCCUCGCGCGCCACUUAAACGUUUCUGGAUUGUCCUGCUACGUUUGUUCCUGUAUUGUUAUUGCUUAUGUUUCACAAUGGGUUCAAUGGAAAUGUGGCUACUACACAGUUUAAAUAAAAGGAGGAUUCUUAAAGUGCUGCCGCAUUUCAUUUGCU